GAAAUCCAUGACUUACUUAAAGAUUACGAAAUCAAGUACUGUUAUGUGGACAGAAAUAAAAGAACAGCGUUUGUUACUCUGUUAAAUGGGGAGCAGGCUCAAAAUGCAAUUCGGAAGUUUCACCAGUAUUCUCUUCGCGGAAAAGAAAUAUCCGUGCAACUCCAACCAACAGAUGCUUUGCUGUGCAUUACUAAUUUGCCCACUUCAUUUACGUUAGAAGAGUUUGAAGAACUUGUGCGUGCGUAUGGCAAUGUCGAGAGGUGUUUUUUGGUCUAUAAUGAAGUUACUGGCCAUUCAAAGGGCUAUGGCUUUGUGGAAUAUAUGAAGAAGGACUCUGCUGCAAAGGCAAGACUGGAACUUCUGGGGAAACAGUUAGAUGAGAGCACUCUCUUUGCACAGUGGAUGGAUGUGAACCAGCUGACGACAAAUCUUAUUCACUCCAAGUGCCUUUGUGUAGAUAAAUUACAAAAAGACUAUGCUGAUUCAAAAGAACUGCUCCAAGCAUUCUCACUGAAGUAUAAACCCAUUUUCUGCCAGUUUGCUCAGGAUGAAGACAGUUGUAUUGGUGACUUUGCGGUGGUUGAGUAUGAAACUGCGGAGCAGGCUGAGAAAGUACAAGAAGUCACUGAUGGCAUGACUAUCAAAGGAAAGAGAGUCCAGGUGUCGUACUGUGCUCCGGGAGCGCCAGGCAGAAGCACGUUAGCAGCACUUAUAGCAGCGCAAAGGAUGAUGAGGAACAAUAGGAAAGGCUUGCUUCCUGAGCCAAAUCCAGUGCAGAUCAUAAAAAGUUUUAAUAAUCCAGCAAUGUUGCAAAUGCUGCUGCAGCCUCAGUUGCGUGGACAUGGUGUUAAACCUGUUCUUGGAGCAUCUGCAGGUUUACCGCACCUUAUCAAUUCAGCAGUUGGCCCACCUUUUUUGCAGUUGAAUAAAAUUCAUCAGAGUUCAAUUCUGGGGAGUACAUCUAACUUACUGCUGCAGAGCCCUGCUCACCUGCCAUUGCCACAGCAGCAACUGAUGAAGAUUGAAAAUCUUCAGGCUAAUAGUAAACCGGGUUUGCUGGGAGAACCUCCAACAAUGCUACUUCAGACAGUACUGGGAAUAGGGGUAAUGCCAUCAGUGAGUUCAGGCAUGGGAACCCGUGGAGAAGCUCUUAAGUCAUCUAAUCUGACUCCAAUUCAAACAGCAGCAGCAGCAGCAGCAGGGAUGGGCAUGCUGCCAUUCUUUCCGAAUCAGCACAUUGUUGGACAAGCUAUACCAGGGCAAAAUAACUCUCCAGAUAAACAAUCGACUACCGAAGCGGUUGUCUCGGGAUCGCAGCCUUAUCAUCAGACCUUAACAAACCUUUCUGCGGGAGCUUUGCGGGCUGGGCAUGCCAAGCAACAAAACCAACUAAAAAGUACUGAUACAAGUUUGGGGACUCCCUUGAAAAAACAGACUUCGCUGCUAGGAGAACCACCAAAAGAAAUACGUCUUAGUACCAACCCCUACUUGAAUUUGGCAAGUGUGUUGCCUGGUAUAUGUCUUCCAGCGAUUGCCAGCAAAGCCUCUAGUCCACCGCAGCAGACUGGACUUUCGAACAUCGUGGAUGCUGCUGUGUCUCAGGGAACUACAUCACAACACGCAGUGGAGAAUUAUUUGAAUUACUCUCAACAGCAUGGGGAGUACACGCAGGUGGCUCCGACAAGAAGUGAGAAGCGAGGCUCUUCGUACCUCAUUUCCUCCCCAGAACCUGGCCCCGUGGAGUACCUUGGCCAGCAGACUCAGGGCUCCGCAGUACGUUACGCAGAAUCCUCUCUCAAAAAAAAGCGCGUUUAUUGA